GAGCGCUCUGUGGACGUUACCGCUACAUCACACUGUUAUCACAGAGCGGGACACACAGACAACCUCCAUGAAAGGACCGUCCCCCCCCUGCUGCUGCUGCUGCUGCUGCUGCAACUGCAACAAUAAAUAAAACACUCCCAACAACUCGAGGAGCUACCUGAAACACCGAACAGGAGGCAUUUGGAGGUUUUUUUUGCGUCUGGUGUUGUAUCCUGCUCGGUGGUUCGCUUUGCAUGGCUCUUCGCAGGGAUGCCAUGAAAAUCAGACCGGCCGACUGAGAGAGACCGCUGCUGCUCCUCGCUUUUCACGGACACGGCGGCGGCGGGCGGCGGGCGGUGGGAGUGGAGGUGGAGGACGAUGGAUUCCGGUAGAAAGAUCCACAUUAGGUAGCGGGCGACGAAGAUCCACGGAGAGCUGAACGUCUCUGCUGCACAGUGAAGCCGUCUGAAAAAGAUGGAUUUCAGCCUGCUCCGGAGAAUCAUCAGCAGAUACUGUGUGGGGGAGGAGAUCUGGGUGGACAGCCGGACGGUGUACAUCGGGCAUAAAGAACCCCCGCCGGGAGCCGAGGCCUACAUCCCUCAGCGUUACCCCGACAACCGCAUCGUCUCCUCCAAGUACACCUUCUGGAACUUUGUGCCCAAGAAUCUAUUCGAGCAGUUCAGAAGAAUAGCAAACUUCUACUUCCUGGUCAUAUUUCUGGUCCAGCUCAUCAUCGACACCCCCACCAGCCCCGUCACCAGCGGCCUGCCUCUCUUCUUUGUUAUCACCGUCACCGCCAUAAAACAGGGCUAUGAGGACUGGCUCAGGCACAAGGCUGACUGUUCUAUAAACGAGUGUCCGGUGGACGUGGUGCAGCAGGGGAAGGUGGCGAGGACGCAGAGUCACAAGCUACGGGUGGGGGACGUCGUCAUCGUGAGGGAGGACGAGACUUUCCCCUGCGACCUCAUCCUGCUCUCGUCCAGCCGCCAUGACGGGACCUGCUACGUCACCACUGCCAGCCUGGACGGGGAGUCGAGUCACAAGACCUAUUAUGCUGUACCUGAUACCAUGGCCUUUAGAACAGAGCAGGAGGUGGACUCGCUACAUGCCACGAUUGAAUGUGAACAACCGCAGCCUGACCUCUACAAAUUUGUGGGACGCAUCAAUAUUUACAAGGACAACGAGGAGCCUGUGGCGAGACCGCUUGGGGCUGAAAACUUGCUCCUUAGAGGAGCGACACUGAAGAACACGCAACAUAUUUAUGCUGUUGCAGUCUACACUGGUAUGGAGACCAAAAUGGCGCUUAAUUACCAGUCUAAAUCUCAGAAGCGCUCCGCUGUAGAAAAGUCGAUGAACGCCUUCCUCAUAGUGUAUCUGUGCAUCCUGAUCAGUAAAGCGGUCAUCAACACCGUUCUGAAAUACGCCUGGCAGUGGUCCCCCGACAGAGACGAGCCCUGGUACAACCACAGGACCGAGAACGAGCGGCAGCGCCACGUGGUGAUCCGAGCGUUCACAGACUUCCUGGCCUUCAUGGUCUUGUUUAAUUACAUCAUCCCGGUGUCCAUGUACGUGACGGUGGAGAUGCAGAAAUUCCUCGGCUCUUAUUUCAUCACGUGGGACGAGGAAAUGUUCGACGAGGAGCUGGGAGAGGGAGCUCAGGUUAACACCUCCGACCUUAACGAAGAGCUGGGACAGGUGGAGUAUGUGUUCACUGAUAAGACCGGCACUCUGACAGAGAACAACAUGGAGUUUAUUGAGUGCUGUGUCGAUGGAAAUGUCUACAUCCCACAUGCCAUCUGCAACGGCCAAAUCCUCAGCGCUGCCUCCAGUAUAGACAUGAUUGAUUCUUCACCUGGAGGAUACAGGAGAGAACACGAGGAUCUGUUUUUCCGGGCGCUGUGUCUGUGCCACACGGUGCAGGUGAAGGAGGAGGAGACGGUGGAUGGCAUCAAAAGAGGCAUCCACCAGGGCCGGCCCACCUCCUUCUACAUCUCCUCCUCGCCGGAUGAGGUGGCGUUGGUGGAGGGAAUGAAAAGACUGGGCUACACCUAUCUGAGGCUGAGAGACAACUACAUGGAGAUCCUCAACAAAGAUGAUGAGAUUGAGAGGUUCGAGCUUCUCCACGUGCUGAACUUCGACUCUGUCAGGAGGAGAAUGAGCGUCAUAGUCAAAUCGAGCUCAGGAGAAUACCUGCUGUUCUGUAAGGGAGCAGACUCGUCCAUUUUUCCUCGGGUGGUGUCGGGGAAGGUGGAGCAGGUGAAAGCCCGGGUGGAGCAGAAUGCUGUAGAGGGGCUGAGGACUCUAUGUGUCGCCUAUCGUCGGCUGUCGGAGCCCGAGUACCAGGAGGUCUGUCAUCGCCUGAACGACGCCAAGCUGGCCCUGCAGGACAGGGAGCAGAGACUGGCACAGGCCUAUGACGUCAUCGAGAGGGACUUUGUGCUUCUGGGCGCUACGGCAGUGGAGGACAGGCUCCAGGAGAAAGCCGCCGACACCAUCGAGUCGCUGCACAAGGCGGGCAUGAAAGUGUGGGUCCUGACGGGCGACAAGAUGGAGACGGCGGCCGCCACCUGCUACGCCAGUAAGCUGUUCCGCCGCACGACCCAGAUCCUGGAGCUGACCAAGAAACGCACGGAGGAGCAGAGUCUGCACGACGUGCUCUUUGAGCUGAACAGGACGGUGCUCAGGCAACGCUCCAUUUCAGGGUUGUCAGUAGACUGCCUUGAUUUCGGUCUGAUCAUCGACGGGGCCACUCUGUCGGCAGUACUGAGGCCCAACCAGGACGGCCCCGGGUCGGGGAACUACAGAGAGAUCUUUCUGGAGAUCUGCCGCAACUGUAGCGCCGUGCUCUGCUGUCGCAUGGCUCCGCUGCAGAAAGCACAGAUUGUGAAGCUAAUUAAAGCCUCUAAGGAGCACCCAAUCACCCUCGCCAUCGGGGAUGGCGCCAACGAUGUCAGCAUGAUCUUGGAAGCGCAUGUGGGCAUUGGCAUUAUGGGUAAAGAGGGCCGACAGGCAGCGAGGAACAGUGACUACGCCAUCCCAAAGUUUAAACACCUGAAGAAGAUGCUCCUCGUUCACGGCCACUAUUAUUACAUCCGAAUAGCUGAACUUGUUCAGUACUUCUUCUACAAGAAUGUAUGCUUCAUCUUCCCUCAGUUCCUCUACCAGUUCUUCUGCGGGUUCUCCCAGCAGCCUCUGUACGACACCGCCUAUUUGACGUUGUACAACAUCAGCUUCACCUCACUCCCCAUCCUUCUGUACAGCCUGGUUGAGCAGCACCUCACCAUGGACACGCUGAAGAGAGAUCCCUCCCUGUACAGGGAUAUAGCAAAGAAUUCUCUCCUCCGCUGGCCGGUCUUCCUCUAUUGGACGUGCCUCGGUGUGUUCGACGCUGUAAUCUUCUUCUUCGGUGCCUACUUUCUGUUUGACAACACCACCUUCACCAGCAACGGCCAGCUUAUGACCACCAACACACAGAUGAUGUUUGGGAAUUGGACCUUUGGGACUCUCGUCUUCACUGUGCUGGUGUUCACCGUCACGCUCAAGCUUGCCUUGGACACACACCACUGGACCUGGAUCAAUCACUUUGUCAUCUGGGGGUCACUGCUUUUCUACGUUAUUUUCUCUCUUCUCUGGGGAGGCAUCAUUUGGCCCUUCCUGAACUACCAGAGGAUGUACUACGUGUUCAUGCAGAUGCUGUCGAGCGGCCCGGCCUGGCUCAGCAUCAUCCUGCUCAUCACAGUCAGCCUGCUGCCAGAUGUCAUCAAGAAGGUCCUCUGCAGGGCCCUUUGUCCCACAGCCACCGAACGUGCACAGGAUCAGGAGAAGCUGUCUCGGGGUGGCGUGGCAGAGCUGACUCCACUGUCCUCUUGUCGGCCCUGCAGAGGGGCGAGCCCGGACUCCUCCCGGCUCCACCUCGGCCCCGUGGAGGUGCUGUCGCUCCGCAGAUCUGAUCCCCUUCCCCGGAAACUCCUCGCCCACUUGGCAGAAGGGGGAGGGGCGGAUUUGUGCUCGCUCAGCCCUUACGUGGUCCGUCUGUCAGGCGCGGGAUUCGCCUACUACGCUCCGGGGCCGGAGACCUCGGUGUGAAGAACGCGGACCCUGAAACUUUGUGUGUGUUGUGUGGGCUGAAACAGAAAGUGUGAACACCUCAACGAGCAAAUGGGGUCGAGAGAGCAAAAUACAAAUAGCAUCAUCACCAUGUGCAUUUUCUGGACCACACGUGUGGAAACCCUUUAGAGAUUUUAGCACUGACACCUAACCUUCACCUCUUUUUGUUUCAGUGUAGCCCCCCCGUCCGUGUGUCUCAUUAAGUUCCUACCCAAACUCUUACUUGAAAAAGUCUAAGAACAAAAGGGGAACCAUGUGCGCCGGGUGCAUCGUUUCAUGCACUUUGGAACUACUCCUCAUUCUCCCAUCUCUCAUUCUUGCCUGUUCCUUCACUGUUUGUGUCCCUUUUUUUUUGCUCCUUUGUAAAAAAAAAAAAAAAAAAAAAUGGUUGUAGAAAAAAACAUUCAUGUACAGUUUGUGGUCUGGCCAAGUAAAAGGGGGCGGCAUUCGAAGCUCCGCCCCUUUUAGGUGUGCGUGCGAGUGCAUGUGCGAGAGAGUGUGUGCAUGAUAUUUGCCUGUUUUCUGUAUGUUUGUAUUUGACACAACUUUGCCUUACAGGUAACCACUCAGCAGCAGGCUACGAGCCAAAGGAAAAAAGGUGUUAAAAAAAAAAAAAAAAUGUAGUGGUGUAUUACCAAGCCUUACACUUACACACACACCGAUUGGCUGAAAAGGAAGAAACAGCAGAAAAUGCAGAAGGGGAAUGUGCAGUAUUCUAGCCGCCCUGCCUUAAUUCAUAAAUGCUCAUUUUUUUGUGUGGAUUAUAUUAGUAGGAGAGAUCAUUCAGAGGGCAUACAUGUCUGGUACAGUGUGUCUAUUAUUCUUCUCCUUUCACUCACGAUUGUGUCGAUGUCUGUUUUUCCUUAUCUGCCCGUGAAAAGCAUGUCAUAUCUCUCUGCUGCAUGCUGAUCUGCUCCCCUCUCGCUCUGUUCUUCCUUUAUCCUCCAUCGUCCCAGACAUCAUUCAUCAUAAAAAAAAUCACACCACGACACCUUUUUCCUUUCUCCUACCAACACGCACGCUGUACCCUCUGCUGCCCUCAAGUGGCCGUGCAGGGUAACUGCAGCUGUCUUUUAUUUAUUGAUGCCCUGACUUUGCUUUUUCCUAUUUGCAUUGUGCUUCUGUGUUUGCUGCCAUGCACUGUGUUAUGCAAAAAAAAAAAAAAAAGUCAAACUAAGAAUGUCAUGUCACAUUUUAAGAGUUUUUACUUUGUGGUGCAUUAAUCCAUACGUUUUUUUCUGCGUUGUUCUAAAGUUAUUGAUGGCGGUCUCUGUUGAUGUAUGGAUGUAACUUAAAAAUGUUAAAUAUUUUCUAGUGAGGAGGGUUGUUAUAUUAUUAUUAUUAUUUCUAGUAUAAGAGUCUGUAAGUAGGAGGGAGACUUGUAUCAGCGAUGUUACAAUCAAAUCAACAGAAUGUAGAAGUGAUUUUUUUUCCAUCAUGUCCUCCAGCUUACGAUUGUAGCUCAUUAUGGAGGAACGUCUUUUUCUGCAUUUCUUACAUCUGAUGUCCAGUUUGUCCAAAGCAUAUCUCUCUGGUGUUGCACAGCAAGUGGCUGACUCUGGAAGUCUUGAAUGUCAGAUUCUGAAGCAUUUUUUUUUUUUGUGUUUUUUUUAUACCGUUUAUUUUCACACACUCCCAUCUGCCAAUAUGUAUAGAUUUAGAAACAGUUUUUUUUUUCUUACUUACAGAUGAUUUAUAAGUUUGGUUAGAGGUCUGGAUUUAUCUCUUUUAAUUUCACUCAAAGCCCUCCUCAAGUUUUUUUUUUUGACUUGGGGGGGGGGGGGGGGGGGGGCUCAACAUCCUGACCUCAGUAAAAAAAAAAAUAAUAAUAGAGGAGCCUCGGUGCUUGUUAUGCAGCGUCCCACCUCACUGUGCUGUUGCCAUACUGUGUCUAGACAUAGGUUUCUACCAGGAAAAUGCUGUUAGGACUAUUUUACAUUUAAAUACAUUCAUGAAUUCUACACACAGAAAUUUACUUCUUAUGUCAUUGUUGUGUUUUUCCAUUCAAAAAUAUUUUUUUUUGCUACUUUUGUAUCCCAGAGAAGAGACUAUAUUUUAUCUCUGUUAGAAUGUGUGUCCAAGUUUAUAACCAAAAUGAGAGCAACAAUAACAAUAUAUAUGAUUCAAUAAGAGAUUUACCUAUAGGUCUACACUACACUGCACUUUGUUCCACAACAGAUCCCCUACAACAAGGUCUAUUGUCCGUCGACUGGAGUUUAUACGUGUUCACUCUUCCUCACAAGUUAUUUUUCUAAGAAUGUAGUGGGUGAGAUUAAAAAAAAAAAAAAAAAGUGACCAAAUAACUUGACUAGGAAUGGACUGUCUGUCUGUUAAGAGGUUUAAAUCGCACCAGCCUUCUACUGCUGAUCAGAAUGUCAAACUGCUUUUUUUCAUCAGCAGGACAGCAGGUGCUCAUCCCGUCAUUCCCUGAGCUUGGCAGAGGAGGCAAAUAUUGACUUUUGUGCUCCGAGCAGCACGUUUCAUAUCAUACCUUCAGUACAGCACUGUUUGUAUUACUAAACAGGUUUCAAGAAUUUUACUUCUUUUUUUUUUUGUUUUUUGUUUUGUUUUUUGGAUACAUUUUAAAAGUUCACCUUCACUUUUGGCCAGCCUGUCUGUAGCAAAUGAAGGCAAAGCACUGUAUUGUCAUUUUGCUUGUAUUAAAGAAAGAGUGAAAACACU